AUGUCAACAUAUAUCAGAGGGCCUGUAUGUGGAACCGAUAACUGCCGAAGUAGGCUAUGGCGAAUUAUUGACGGCAGAAGAACUUGCCAGUACGGGCAUGUUAUGGAAGGCGAUGUAGAAUUUAAUAACGAGGAUGAUGACGCUCUUUCAGGCGUAAUUACAAGGAGACUCAACCUCACAACCAAUGCAACUGGUAACUUCCAAUCAAGCUUAAACUUCUCUCAAUCACAAGGUCCUUCACAGAUACAUGAAGAUGAUAAGAAGUUAUUUGGUGUAGAAGGCAAAAGACUGUUUUUAAAAUGCUUCCAACACAUACUAAAGGAGCAGUGCAAAUGGUUAAUGGAGCAGCAUGAUUUUCCCCCAGAGUAUAAAGAUACUGUAAAGCUGCUUUGGCUCUUUUACCUCAAGAGUCUUUCGCCUGCUUCAGACGCAGAGGCGGAUAAUAUCCCUGAUCUACAGCAGCUAAACCUCUCUAUGGCAGCUUCAAUCUCCCUACUUUAUCUCGCAUGCAUACAUCUUAGGAUACCCGCCCUUCCUAGCGAUUUUAUACGAUGGAGUUGUUCAAUGAAGUUACCGUAUUUUAGAUCCUCCCACCUUCUACCUACGCAGUGGCGCAAGCAACUUCCCUCAUACUAUUUGCAGAUUCUAGAUGGUGGACCGUUACCUGUCAGUUCUCAGAUAUAUCGUAAAACAGCAUCAGUUGCGCUGAAAGUCGGAUUUAGCCGCAAUUUCCGAAACCAGAUAUCUGUUGAUCUUCUUCUGCUUCGACUGCUUUUGUUAACAGCUCUACCGCCUGAGUUCUUUAUCUAUACCAAGACUCUCGUAACCCUCGUUGACAAUCCGGGGAACUUUUCUGUACCUGAGACAGUCCCGUCACAUCCGCCAGCACUUCAUAAUGUGCCUGAGGUUCGGAUAAUUGCAUAUUACAUCCUUUCUACGAGCUGGGUAUUGCGUCAGCCCACAUGUAUACCAUUCAUUCGCGCAUGGCUAAAUCACAACCCACAAAACUUCUCCAUACACUCUCUAUCAGCCCACAGACAGCCCUCACACAUCCUUUCCCUAAAAUCACGGGACAUCACAUCGUACCUUGACUGGUUUCAAGAAUCAUUACUGCCAAGGUACGCAGACACACUUACAUCUUCACUAGAUCAGCAAAUCUACAAAAGAAAGCUGUACGCCGUUGCUCCACUAAACCCGCGAAAUCCAGCCCCAACGCCUGCACCGCAGUUACCGACCUCGUUUACAGACAGUCUACAGGAGACCUUCAUUAAUGUAGCUCAAGAUUUAAACGAAUCACGUGAUACAAAAACACGUGAGUCAGAUGCGCACAUGUCUGACGCUGUACAUACGAGGCUAAUACAGUUAGUCUCUACUGAGUUCGCUCUGCACUCGAAUGAUUUAAACGAUGCCGUAAUGGCCCUUCGAAGACAUUGUCUGCGUGUAUUACGUGCCAAACGUGAUGUUAUCUAG